AUGAAACAUUCGCUGCUCUGCCUCUUUUGCUUUGCCAUUGCCGCCGCCGCUGCGAGCGCCACUGUGCUGCCCGUACAGCGGAGCCACCUACCGGCGGUCAACCAGCAUGGGCAAAUGGUCUGGCUGGAUGAGACGAUCCAUCCGGUGCCCGAUAGGUGCGACUUCGCCUGCACCGAUCACGAUAUCGAGGUCUGCGCCCACAAUGGGCAGUGCCUGCAAAUGUUCACCAGUCGCUGCACCAUGGCCGCCUACAACUGUCGCAAUCCCCACAAGCGCUUCAAUAUUGUCGAGAACUAUCGCUGCACCCAAGGCUAUCAACCCCUCUGCAGCAAGGCGGAGCAACGGGAGCUGCGUCUGACGCUGUGA